GUUUUUUUUUUUUUUUUUUUUUUUUUUUUUUUAAAUCUCCUUGUGUUUGCUCAGUUAAGAGUGCUGGAGCAAUUUGUUGUUCAAGGGGACAUCCCUGAAAUACAUUGUUUCUGACAAGGAGCAAGAAUCUAUUAAACAUUUGGCUUAUGGUUUUUGUAGGAGUUGACAUGGUAAUUAGGAGAUGUGAGAUUGUUUUCCUACACACUGGGGUGUUAGAGUGGCAGGAGAGCUGGCAGGCUCAAUAAAGUAUGGAGAUUCCUCCCUCUAUGGCUGCUUGAAGUUUUGGGAGUCGAGAGCUUUUCCCAGCUGUUUGCUGGCUUAAUUAGAUUUUUUUUCCUGUCAAGAAAUCUGAAGGUCAACACAUGCUUAGUAGAAUCUGUCAUUUGGGAUGAUUAAACACCCAGAGACAGAUUUUUUAAAACCGGUGCUGCACACUUGAAGAAUCUGUUGUGUUCAUUUCUAUGCUGGUCAGGAAAACAACUGUAUUUUUUUAAAGCUCAAACAGAGAGGUAGUUUCUUGCAAGUCUCUGAAGCACCCGUGGAAACCAAACGUGGGUAUUGUCUCGGAGCAGAGAUCCCUGCGUCUGAGAUAAUUAAUGAGCAGUGUGGACACAGGGACUGUUUAUUAGGAGCUCGUUAGUGACAUACCAGCAGUUGAGCUCUCUGUGUACCAGCCUCUUAAACUUUUCCCGGUGUGAGUCAUGACAGUCACACACUUCCCAGAGUGUUUGGUGCUGUUACCUGUGUCUUGCAGUCAAGUGAAAAAGCACCACUAUCAGCCUUAGGUCAGCAGUAACGUUGGUGUUGGUGUUUUAGUAUUUCUGGUAGUGCUGCAGAGAGCUGUAAGGGAAGUGUUGACAGACAGGCUGUGCAGUUCUGUGCAUCUCUUGUCUGGCUGCUUCAGAAGGGAAGCAGAUGUGCUAAAGGAAAUGGUGGGAUUUUUAACAGAGGAAUCAGAAAACUUUCUAGGCCUGUUGGCUCAGUGUUUGGCUUUAUUCUUAUUUAUUUUGCUUUUAAUUUUCUUGGUUAAAAGACACAUGCAGCAAUAGCAUGUUAAAGAUGACUGGGUGUGUUCAUCCCUGCUAGAGCUUUGCCUGUGCUUUCAUAGAAGCCGGAGGAAAAUCUGAUUUGUCCAAUACAUGGGAAUUUUCUGGCUUAUGUUGGAAGUGUAACCUCAGCAGUUUGAUUUUGAGAGGUUCAGCUUCCAGUUUGGUGUGUUUUACUAUGGGAAUUCAUUUGAGGCAAAAAUUGCUGCAUAAUAUUGAAAAGCUCGCUGAGAUAAGGACAUCUUGUACAAGUAUCCUGUUACUUAAAGGGCACUGAAUGUUCGUAGUACUAAAUAGGAUUUCUAAACAGAUGGUCAUAAUUAACAUAAAAUACAUCCACAGAUAAGAGUCUAUUUGGUCUUCUAGUAAUUCUUUCAAUGGUCUGGUAAUUUAGCAUUAAUUAAGCCAUAGCACAGCCAACAAUGGAACUGCAGUAAGGAGUUUCUGAAUUUGAACACAGAGGGGAGAUCUCAUGUUCCUCGGAGCAAUUGGCUUUUUUCUAUCAUCAGAGUAAAAAAAAUAGAAUGCUAAACAUGUAAUUAAAACAUUUGUGUAUUUGCAUUUGUAACAAUCUUGUUCAUAGCCUUGAAGUGACCCAACUGGUCUGUAGGUUGCCUAGAGAGCAAACACGGUGGCACAGCACAGCCCAGGGUGGGGCUGCUCACUCCGGGGUGGAGCUCUGAAUGUAAAUGGUGCUGAUGGAAGCUUGGAUGAGAACGGUUUUGAUGAAUUUAUUAGGCCUGGUACCUUUUUCAGGAAUGUGACUUACAUAAGAUACAUCAACAAUCUCCAUAAAGCCAUAUUUUCUUUGAAAUACGCUUAUGUAAACAAUUUAUUUGGUACUACUGCACAGAGUGAGACAUAUCAAGAGAUGAGGAAGCCAUCUGAAGUUAUUGCUUGCCUCAUCAUAGGUUUUGUCCUAAAUACCUGGGUUUUACAUGCAUCAAAGAUUUUCUUGCUGAGAGUUCAUGGAUGUAGUUAUAUGUAACAUGCACACAGCAAUCUCUGCCCUUGAGUGCUCCAGUUCUUACAAGAAAAGGCAGAAGUAACACGAAAAUCAUAAAACUAAAAACUGGUCUCACACUUCUAGUGUUUUCUUAUGGCUCUUGAUAUUUGUUAGUUGAUUUGUGUUUUACAGAAGGAGAAAAUGUGUUUUUUAAAAAGCAAAGCUCGGUUUGGUUUGGUGUCUGCUUAAAUCUGAAUAAGAUCUGCAGAAGGAAGGCGUUGUUUUACUUAAUUUGAAAUGAAAAUAACAUUCUAAACCAAACCCCUCCCCACCAAGAAAAAUUAAUGCCAUUUAUUGUGAAUGACUUAAACUUAGGGUAGUCUGCAUCAAUUUAGUUCAUGAGCCUUUUUUGGUACAGAUGUUAAACUAACCCAGAGUUGGGGUUUUUGAGUACUUCAGCAUAAGGAUUUGUUUUUGUUCUUGGUAAUAUUGAAAUUGGUCUGUUUUUUUAAUUAAAAGUUAUUCUAAAUUGCCAGAAAGCAUGUUUUAAAUACUCUGUUAUUCACUUACAGCUGCCAAAACAUAGUACAGUGAAAUAAUGGUCUGCUAGCCUGCUAAACAAGUGUCCAGCUUCCACAAUGCCCGUGCAGGCAGCUCAGUGGACAGAAUUUCUGUCCUGCCCAAUCUGCUACAAUGAGUUUGAUGAGAAUGUGCAUAAACCCAUCAGCUUAGGUUGCUCUCACACCGUGUGCAAGACCUGCCUGAACAAGCUCCAUCGCAAGGCAUGUCCUUUUGACCAGACUGCCAUCAACACAGACAUCGAUGUGCUUCCUGUGAACUUUGCACUCCUCCAGCUGGUUGGAGCCCAGGUACCUGAUCAUCAGACAGUAAAGUUGAGUAAUGUAGGAGAGAACAAACAUUAUGAAGUAGCAAAGAAAUGUGUUGAGGAUUUGGCACUCUACUUAAAGCCAUUAAGUGGAGGAAAAGGUGUUGCAAGCUUGAAUCAGAGUGCACUGAGCCGUCCCAUGCAGAGGAAGCUUGUGACACUGGUGAAUUGUCAGCUGGUGGAGGAGGAGGGUCGGGUCAGAGCCAUGAGGGCAGCUCGGUCGCUGGGAGAGAGAACUGUCACAGAACUCAUCCUGCAGCACCAAAAUCCUCAGCAGCUUUCUGCCAAUCUUUGGGCUGCUGUUAGGGCACGAGGGUGCCAGUUUCUAGGACCAGCUAUGCAAGAGGAGGCACUGAAACUUGUAUUACUUGCACUGGAAGAUGGAUCUGCACUCUCAAGAAAAGUUCUGGUACUUUUUGUUGUGCAAAGAUUGGAACCAAGAUUUCCUCAGGCCUCUAAAACAAGCAUUGGUCAUGUUGUGCAGCUACUGUAUAGAGCAUCAUGCUUUAAGGUUACUAAAAGGGAUGAAGAUUCUUCUCUGAUGCAGCUUAAAGAAGAGUUCCGGAGUUACGAGGCUUUGCGGAGAGAGCACGAUGCCCAAAUUGUUCACAUUGCCAUGGAAGCAGGACUUAGAAUUUCACCAGAGCAGUGGUCUUCCCUUCUUUAUGGAGACCUGGCACAUAAAUCACACAUGCAAUCCAUUAUUGACAAGCUUCAAUCUCCAGAAUCUUUUGCUAAGAGUGUACAAGAAUUGACAAUUGUCUUGCAGCGCACGGGGGAUCCUGCAAACUUAAACAGGCUGAGGCCUCAUUUAGAGCUCCUGGCAAACAUAGAUCCAAAUCCAGAUGCAGCAUCUCCAACAUGGGAGCAGCUUGAAAAUGCGAUGGUGGCUGUAAAGACUGUGGUCCAUGGGCUGGUGGAUUUCAUUCAGAAUUACAGUAGAAAAGGGCAUGAAACUCCACAGCCACAACCAAAUAGCAAAUACAAAACAAGUAUGUGCCGAGACCUUCGACAGCAAGGGGGGUGUCCAAGAGGAACAAACUGUACAUUUGCUCAUUCUCAGGAAGAGCUUGAAAAAUACCGCUUGAGGAACAAAAAAAUCAGUGCAACAGUGAGAACAUUCCCCCUUCUAAACAAAGUUGGCGUAAACAGCACCGUCUCAACCACCACGGGAAACGUGAUCUCUGUCAUAGGAAGCCCUGAGGCAACAGGCAAGAUGGUGCCAAGUACUAAUGGAAUAGCUAAUCUUGAAACUGGGGUUCCCCAGCUGAUCCCUCGCUGUGCAGACACCUCCCUGAGAGCUCUGGACAACACCAAGAAGGGAGGGAAGACUGGAGCCAAUGGCCAGAACGCUUCUGGGUCCCCCACAGAAUCACUUCCUGAAAAUAAAAUCGGUUCUCCACCCAAGACUCCUGUAAGCCAGGCAGCAGCUACCUCAGCUGGUCCUCCUAAUAUUGGAACAGAAGUUAAUUCUGUGCCUCCAAAAUCCAGCCCGUUUGUUCCCAGAGUACCUGUCUACCCUCCACAUUCUGAUAAUGUUCAAUAUUUCCAAGAUCCCAGGACUCAGCUGUCAUAUGAAGUUCCACAGUACCCACAGACAGGGUAUUAUCCAGCACCUCCAACGGUACCAGCUGGUGUGGCUCCCUGUGUUCCUCGUUUUGUGAGGUCCAAUAAUGUUCCAGAAUCCUCCCUCCCACCUGCCUCCGUGCCAUAUGCCGAUCAUUACAGCACAUUUCCCCCUCGGGAUCGACUGAAUUCUCCCUACCAGCCUCCUCCUCCUCAGCCCUACGGCCCAGUCCCUCCUGUCCCCUCUGGAAUGUACGCUCCAGUCUACGACAGCAGGCGCAUCUGGCGCCCACAGAUGUACCCACGAGAUGAUAUUAUUAGGAGCAAUUCUUUACCUCCCAUGGAUGUGAUGCACUCAUCUGUCUAUCAGACAUCAUUGCGGGAGAGGUACAACUCUCUGGAUGGGUAUUACUCUGUGGCUUGUCAACCUCCAAACGAGCAGAGGACUGUGCCUUUACCAAGGGAGCCUUGUGGUCAUUUGAAGACUGGUUAUGAUGAGCAGCUGAGACGGAAGCCAGAGCAGUGGGCACAGUACCACACACAGAAAACUCCUCUGGUAUCAUCAACCCUUCCUAUGGCAACACCAUCUCCAACACCACCUUCUCCUCUCUUCAGUGUAGAUUUCAGCACAGAGUUCUCAGAGAGUGUCAGUGAUUUGAGUGGAACUAAAUUUGAGGAAGACCAUCUCUCUCACUAUUCACCGUGGUCUUGUGGCACUAUUGGCUCUUGUAUAAAUGCUAUCGACUCAGAGCCCAAGGAUGUGAUUGCCAAUUCCAAUGCCGUGUUAAUGGAUUUGGACAGUGGGGACGUUAAAAGGAGAGUGCAUUUAUUUGAAACGCAGAGAAGGGCAAAGGAGGAAGAUCCUAUAAUCCCAUUCAGCGAUGGACCCAUCAUCUCCAAGUGGGGUGCAAUCUCCAGGUCAUCCCGCACAGGUUAUCACACAACAGAUCCAAUCCAGGCCACUGCUUCCCAAGGAAGUGCUACUAAGCCCAUCAGUGUAUCAGAUUAUGUCCCUUAUGUCAAUGCUGUAGACUCGAGAUGGAGUGCCUAUGGCUCAGAUUCUGCCUCCUCAGCACGUUAUGCGGAACGGGACAGGUUCAUAGUUACAGAUUUGUCUGGUCACAGAAAGCAUUCCAGCACUGGAGAUCUACUGAGUAUUGAAUUACAGCAGGCCAAAAGCAACUCCUUACUCCUUCAGAGAGAGGCAAACGCACUUGCCAUGCAGCAGAAGUGGAAUUCUCUAGAUGAAGGCAGUCGUCUUACCUUAAACCUUUUAAGCAAGGAAAUUGAUUUGCGGAAUGGUGAGACUGAUUAUCCUGAAGACUGUGCAGACACAAAGCCAGACCGAGACAUUGAAUUGGAGCUGUCAGCCCUCGAUACAGACGAACCUGAUGGGCAAGGGGAGCAGAUAGAAGAGAUUCUGGACAUACAGCUAGGGAUUAGCUCCCAAGAGGAUCAGCUGCUCAAUGGAACAACCGUAGAGAAUGGGCAUCUGCUAAAGCAGCACCAGAAAGAAUCUAUGGAACAGAAGAGACAAAGUUUAGGUGAAGACCUUGUGAUUCUGGAGGAGCAGAAAACAAUCCUGCCCGUAACUUCUUGCUUCAGUCAGCCGAUCACAACAUCUGUUAGCAAUGCAAGCUGCCUGCCCAUCAGCACAUCAGUCAGUGUUGGCAGCCUCAUUUUGAAAACUGCUCACAUUAUGUCUGAGGAUAAAAAUGACUUUUUAAAGCCUGUUGCAAAUGGCAGGAUGGUUAACAGCUGAAAGGCAUUCAUCUUUCCAGCUUGUGACCACACCAUGGAAGCAUUUACACUAGCUUUUUAUAUAUAUAAUAUAUAUUAUAUAAUGUAUAUUUUUUUUAAGAAAAAUAAUAUUGGGGUCAUGCAUUUCCUGUGGACUCUUUGAUACUUCAAGCCCCUCUCGCAUUAGCAUUCUGAAGAAAAAAAAAACUUACUUUAGUAGGGUAAGGCGUUCACUUUCCACAAAUGAAUGGAAUUUGGACAUUGUUUUACUUAAGCUUAAAGCAGCUUUUUAUGAGUUUGUAGCAAUCCGGUGCGGUAUCUGAGCCAUUCUUGUUGAAAAUGGCUUCUGUAGAAAACUAACAACUCAGUUAUUUAAACUAGCAGGAUCCUACGAUGAUACAUCUAGUGAAAGGAAGACUAACUUAUUUGUCUCUAUUUUGUUUCACGAGAGAAGAACUUUUGUCUUGUUGCAGCUGCUUUUUCUUUAGUUGUGGAACUUUGCAUGGAGUCUUGUUUCCUGUUGGAAGACUGAGAGGUGGAGAUUUGGACUUGAGGCUUUUACAGGGUUAACACACCGUUAGCUUUGCACUGCUGUGUUGUUUGCAGGUCUGUGGGGCAGUGCUUUGCUGCAGCUUUUGGUUUCCAUUCCCCCCAGUUUAUGCUUUAGUACUGUAGAUACACACAUACACACAGGCUACUUGUCCAAGUGAUGUUACCAGAAGUAAAUCAAGUGCCUAAGUCCUCCAGCUAAUGUGCUAGGUGUUGAUUUCCCCAAGAUACACAUGAAACAAUUUUCAACGAUAUUGAGAGGUUAUGCACUAAUGUAACAGCAAUUUGGGGUUUUUGUCUUAUUUUUCUUUUUUUCGUUAAUAGUUCUCAACUUGGAGAUUAUAGGAUCCAGAUGACUUGGCAAAAAGUAUCAGGUGCUCUUGGCUUUCCUUUGAAAACCCUGUAUCUAGUGUUUGCACUGACUAACAAGAUGGUAUUGCUGUUUUUUGUACUGUUUUGUUUUAAUUUAAACUAAAUAUUGGGAAUUUAAGGUGGUUGUAAUUACCUUUGUUAAAUGUUGUUAAUCGUAAUCUUGUAUUCAGGUUUAAUUUUUGUUUAUUCAGUGGCAACUUAUUUUCAAAUACCUUGAAAAUACAAUGAGAUAGCAUUAUCUGACCUUCAGAGUGCUGAAAACUGUAUGAAUUUAUGCCCUGUUAAGAGGUGACUGAGAAUCAUUUUAGACAUGUCGACUGAAAAUUGGUUUUCAAAAAUACACAUGAACUAGAGCCCUGGGCAUAUGUUUUGAGAAGCUUAAAAAUCCACUUUUUUUUUCUGUUAAGAAAGCAGGACUCUCCCUCCUGAUGAUUACUAUCUUCUUGUUUGUCCUCUUACUUUUCUUUGUGACAAGUUUUACAUUUUUUUAUGUUUUUAUUAACUUCUGUGAAGUUGUUUACUCUGAAAAUUGUACUGGAAUAUUUUAAGCCAAGCUGAUCUUUCACCAGGUGUACUGCAUGUAAGGGCUUUUCCUGCUAGCAAAAUGCUUAAAGAGGAUCAUGUUACUGGUCGUCUGAGUUGUUAUUUUACAAAAUCACAGCUAUGUGGUCGGGUAAGAUUUUGAUAACUGUUUUGUGCACGCUUCUGGGGGGUGGGGGUUGGCAUUUCCCUGAGGGUUACUGAUUAGACUAAGUAAAUAUUGGUGUUUGAUAUCUCUCCUAACGAACCUGUCCAUGAAAUAAUUAUGUUGUAAAUAUACCUGCAAAUCCAAGGGUUAGUUUUGAUAUUCUGGUGUCAGUAUGGAAGAUCUUACACAUCUAUUUAAUACUCCAAUGUCAAGGAAUGUAUGUAGAAAAACAGUCAAGUAGUCUUUUCUUAGUGUCCUUUGGCUGUUGCUGUACCUUCUCCAGCCAGUGCCACCUCACUCUAGGGUUAGACUGACGCUUCUUUCACUCGCUACGUGAAGUGAAUGGAUACAAGAACCAGACCACCUUUGUCACCUUAACUUAUUUCCUAUUGAUGUUAACUUUAACUUAGAAUGUUAGACAUAAAUAUGAUUGUUGUAUAUUUUAUACCAAGACCAUUCUGUAAAUAUGAAUUUAUAUUACUUUUGAAAUGCUUCUGAGAUACUAUUAUUUGCUGUACAAUGUAAUUCCAAAACAGAUAUGCAAACAAGUAUGUCUCUUUCGUGGAUAUUUAAACAGUGAGAUCUUCCAUGUUGAAGGUGAUGUAAUUUUUUUAAAAGAUUUUUAAAUUUUAAAUUGCUAUUUUGUUACAAAAAUAGAGAAAAUAUAAAGGUUUGAGAAGUCCUUAUUUGCCCUCAGGGAAAGAGCCCUCUGUGCACCAGAACUCCACAGAACAUCUUCAGCAUGAUCUGAGGGUGAAUAUAUACUACAUAAAUUGAUUGUGUAUUUACCUUAACUUUUUAAUUUUAAAAUGGCAAUUUUAAAAACUUGGUUGUGCUCUGCUGGAGGGGGUUGGGAUAAGCUGCUUACACACAUUUGCCUGUUUGUCCAGUGAAAUAAGCCUGGCAUACUCCUGCCAAGGUCUUGGCAUAUUUAAGAACAAGUGUAUCUCUAGACUCUUGUCUGCAGCAGGAGGUCCCGUGAUAGAGCAGUCCUCUAGGAUGACCAUACACUUCAUAUGGAAAGUUGGCUCUCAGCUGAGGCUAGAGUUUUCUAGUUGAAUUGUUAACCUAUAAUGACAGGCAAAAGAAUUAUUUGAGUGUUUAACAGCAUGCCGGCUUUGUCUUACGGUUUUAACGCUGACUGUGUGGCUUUUGCCACCAGAUUAAUGCCCUCCAGUGCCCUGACAGGGAGAAGAAGCUGCAGGUGACAACACCUGGCUCUGGCUUCCUUCUUUGUUGAAAUUUCAGCCCUUGACCCUUUACAAACAAGUAUGUAUUCAUUUGUUAGUUGUAAAUCAGGUGCCUUUGGGCUAUGGAAGGGCUUAUUUUCUGACACUGAGAGAGUGACUUACUUUGUGUGUCAAUAGCAGUGAUGCCCAUUUAGGUUUUGGCCUAAUUUAUUGUGCUGUCAGAAAAGAAGGCCCAGAGCAGAUCGAGGAAAGAGAUUGGCUCUUUUGCUUUGCUUGGACAAGCAUUUUGGGUUGGUUUGGUUUGGUUAAUUUUUUUUUUCCCCAUUAGGGGUACAGCAGGGAUUUCACAUGCAAGAGAGACAGGAAUUAUUAGUAUCUAAGUUAAUUGUGUUGCCUCACUACCUGGAUUCAUUCCUUGGUUUGCCUCAUUUCCCACAUAGGUUUUAAAAGAGACUAAUGCUUGUGCUGGGAGAAUGCUUGUGUGAGAAAGUAACUAUCUGUACAUUCUUAACAUAUACUUAGAGCAGAGUGAUUGCCCUGCUACUGAUAUUUUGUUCCUGUAAACAGGUGACAAGAAAUGAAUCUUAGUGUUUAUGCAAAUUUUGCAUUGUAGAAUGUAUACUAGACCCUUCAAAGGCAAGGUUAGACUCUUUGCAAAGCAAACUGGCGUUGGUUCUUGGUAGUCUAGUACAGGGACACUAAAGUUUGGCAUUUGAUUUAGGAAAAAGAAAACAGUUGCAUACAGCUGAUUAUGUUAAAUAAGCUCUUAAUUAAGGUCUUUGUAGAAGUCUAAUUUGGAAGGUUUUAGUGCUUUGAUAACUCAAUUGAAAUUUUAAUUUCUCCUGUACUCAAGAGCUGAAUGCUGUUCUUGUAUAAUAGUGUACUAGGCUGGAUGAGGUACAAAAUAAUGCACAGUGGUCAGAAACAGCUGAGGAAAGAACGCUUAAAAUAACUCAAUCUAAACUCAGAAUAGUUCCAAACAUUGGUUUUGUUUGCUUUUUUAAAGCACAAGUUGUCAAGUUGUACCUGUUGCUGUACAUAAACACUGUAUGCCAGCAGUUCCUUGAUCAUAUUUGUGAACAGACUUUUCAUUAUUGGACUGGUAUUAAAGGAAGGUGUUGAAUUUGAGAGUGUAACAAAAUGAGAAAUGAUCAGAUGAUCUAUAGGAUGUAAAAGUCCAUUUUUAUGUUGUAGUUUAAUCCCUUUGUUAGGAAGUUCCCUCUCAUUGAGGGACCUCUUCUGCAAGCAGAACACAAUAAAUGUGCUUUUUUAAAUGACCCAAUUUCCCAGUAUAAAUGAACAGCUGACUUUGGCAGUAGUCACCCCCCUGCAUCUCUUUGCUGGCAAGGGAGCAGGACAAGGGUGGGGAUAAAACCCCAAAACGGUCACUGAUGAAAUGAACCAAAUCUGAAUAAUCAAAGUGCAAAAUGCCCAAACAUAAUUCUACACCCCAUUAUUUAAGGAUGCUUGUGGAAGCUUUUAAUCACUCAAGAUUCUGCUGUAAAAGCUGAACUAAAGCAGAGCCUGGCUGCGUUUCUUACUGCCAAAAGCCAAGGUCAUUUGCACAUAGCCCAUGGAUUUCUCCAGAGUAGAUCUCCGUUACCCAAGGCAUGGGAAUGCAUGCGUUUUCUUAGCUGGGCAAACAAGUACAUUAUACAGUAGUUGUGAUACAACACACGUGGCUUUGAUUUGUACUGCACAUACCCACUGUACAGCCACUCCGAAGUAUUGUGGUUAGCUUGCAGCAUCUGCUGUCGCAUUGAUACUGUUUACUGCGUAUUCUUUUCCCUGGAAGUUUUAAAGAAAAUUUUUUUUUCUUGUUGCAUUGAUUACAUUUUAUAAAUUUGCUUAGCUGGAAAGUUUGGGAAAAGAGGCCUGUUUGUCAAUUGUACAACCGAUUGUGAAGCUCUAGUGUGAAUAUUUUUACGUCUGUAUUAGACAUUUUCUUUGCAAAUCUAUUGUUCGAUUGAAAUGUAAAUGAAAUAAAAGAUGGUGUACACCCAUCAUGUAUAAAGCAGGCACCAUCGCUACGAUGGAUUUAAUGCUCAUUUUUAUGGCGCAUUCUCAGCUUCUAUUUAAAACUAUAAUUUAAAGAAAAAAAAAAUCUGUAAAAUGAAAUGGGGAUAUAUGGGGGAGUAAAUUCUAUUCCGUUUAUUUCGGUUUUGAUUCCCAAUGGUAAUGUUUCCCUUCGUGUUAGAGUAGGGGGGCCCCGGCAGGGCCCGUGUGUCGCUGUAGCACUGACGUGCAGAGGUUGUAGCUUUGGCUGGGCACGGAUAGAGCAUCCCGGUUCGGUGUUUGAGAGACUCGAUGGAAGAAGUUUGCAGUAUUGACAUGUAUUUGCAUGCACGAAUAAAAAUUAUUUGUCCACCUUAA